GAGGCUGGGAGGUGAUGAGGGGGAGGGGCGCGGGCUGGGCAGUCCAAAGAGGAGGGGGGCUUUAAUAGGCUCGCGCAGAUCCUGGUUUGCAGCGCAGGAGUGGCUGCAGUUCGGAGAAACCGCCCAGCACCUCCCGCCACUUCUCCCCGGCAAUUUUUCGUCCUUGCACUUGACAGCGAUCGUUCUUAAGCUCCGAGAGCGCGCUUUUCCUUGGGAAGAAACAGGUAGGAGGUACGGGCUGCAGGGUGCACAUUCGUCGCUCUGGGAUAAGUCUCCCUUUCUUGGUCGGCUGUCGCUACUGGCUGUCCCCAGCGUUGUUCGGGUGUGUGGGCUGCAAGGCGGACAGUGGCCGCCGCGAGAGCCGAGCAGAGUCCCUUCCCAGAGCGCGGCGGUGCGCUCCCCGGCGCCAUGCUUCUGCUGGGCAUCUUAACCCUGGUUCUUGCCUGGCGACCGGGUGGCAGCUCCGAGCCAGAGCAGGAGGUGGUCGUUCCCAUCCGACUGGAUCCGGACAUCAACGGCCGCCACUACUACCGGAGGAGUCCCGAGGACUCCGGAGAACAGGGUCUCAUUUUUCAGAUCACAGCAUUUCAGGAGGACUUUUACCUACACCUGACACCGGAUGCUCAGUUCCUGGCUCCUGCCUUCGCCACUGAGUAUCUGGGUGUCCCGCUCCGAAGGCUUACCGGCGGCUCUCCGGACCUGCGACGCUGCUUCUACUCGGGCGACGUCAACUCGGAGCCAGACUCCUUUGCCGCAGUGAGUGUGUGCGGGGGUCUCCGCGGAGCCUUCGGUUACCGAGGCGCGGAGUUUGUCAUCAGCCCGCUGCUCAACGCCAGCGCGCAAGAGGCGCAGCGCAACAGCCAGGGCGCACACCUCCUCCAGCGCCGGGGUGUCCCUGGUGGACCUUCCGGAGACCCCACGUCUCGCUGCGGGGUAGCCUCGGGGUGGAAUCCCGCCAUCCUCAGGACCCUGGACCCUUACAAGCCGCGCCGAAUGGGCUUAGGGGAGAGUCGCAGCUUGCGCAGAUCGGGGCGCGCCAAGCGCUUCGUGUCCAUCCCAAGAUACGUGGAGACGCUAGUGGUGGCAGACGAGUCCAUGGUCAAGUUCCACGGCGCAGACUUGGAGCAUUAUCUGCUAACGCUGCUGGCCACAGCAGCUCGACUCUACCGCCAUCCCAGCAUCCUCAACCCCAUCAACAUCGUUGUGGUGAAGGUGUUACUGCUUGGCAACCGUGACACCGGGCCCAAGGUCACAGGCAACGCAGCCCUGACUCUACGCAACUUCUGCGCCUGGCAAAAGAAGCUGAACAAAGUGAGCGACAAACACCCCGAGUACUGGGACACCGCCAUCCUCUUCACCAGGCAGGACCUGUGUGGGGCCACCACCUGUGACACCCUAGGUAUGGCUGAUGUGGGCACCAUGUGCGAUCCUAAGAGAAGUUGCUCUGUCAUUGAAGAUGAUGGGCUUCCGUCAGCCUUCACCACUGCCCAUGAGCUGGGCCAUGUGUUCAAUAUGCCCCAUGACAAUGUGAAAGUGUGUGAGGAGGUGUUUGGCAAGCUCCGAGCCAAUCAUAUGAUGUCUCCGACCCUCAUUCAGAUUGACCGAGCCAAUCCCUGGUCAGCCUGCAGUGCUGCCAUCAUCACGGACUUCCUGGACAGUGGGCAUGGCGACUGCCUCCUGGACCAGCCCAGCAAGCCCAUCUCUCUUCCUGAGGAUCUGCCAGGCACCAGCUAUAGUCUGAGCCAGCAGUGUGAGCUGGCCUUUGGUGUGGGCUCUAAGCCCUGCCCAUACAUGCAGUACUGCACCAAGCUGUGGUGCACUGGCAAAGCCAAGGGGCAAAUGGUGUGCCAGACUCGACACUUCCCGUGGGCAGAUGGUACCAGUUGUGGUGAGGGCAAGUUCUGCUUCAAAGGGGCCUGUGUGGAGAGACACAACCUCAGCAAGUACCGAGUGGAUGGCUCCUGGGCCAAGUGGGAGCCUUAUGGUCCCUGCUCACGUACCUGUGGUGGGGGCGUGCAGCUGGCCCGGAGGCAGUGCAGCAACCCUACCCCUGCCAACGGCGGCAAGUACUGUGAGGGAGUGCGGGUGAAAUACAGAUCUUGCAACUUGGAGCCCUGCCCCAGCUCAGCCUCAGGCAAGAGCUUCCGGGAGGAGCAGUGUGAGGCUUUCAAUGGCUACAACCACAGCACUAACCGGCUCACCCUUGCUGUGGCAUGGGUGCCUAAGUACUCAGGCGUGUCACCGCGGGACAAGUGUAAGCUCAUCUGCAGAGCCAAUGGCACAGGCUACUUCUAUGUGUUGGCACCCAAGGUGGUGGAUGGUACGCUGUGCACUCCUGACUCCACCUCGGUCUGUGUCCAAGGCAAGUGCAUCAAGGCUGGCUGCGAUGGGAACCUUGGCUCUAAGAAGAAGUUUGACAAAUGUGGAGUAUGUGGGGGAGAUAAUAAGAGCUGCAAGAGGGUAACAGGACUCUUCACCAAGUCUAUGCACGGCUACAAUUUUGUGGUGACCAUCCCUGCAGGCGCCUCCAGCAUUGACAUCCGCCAGCGUGGCUACAAGGGACUUAUUGGGGAUGACAACUACCUUGCCCUGAAGAACAGCCAUGGCAAGUACCUGCUCAACGGGCACUUCGUGGUGUCAGCUGUGGAGCGGGACUUGGUGGUCAAGGGCAGUCUGCUACGGUACAGUGGCACGGGCACGGCAGUGGAGAGCCUGCAGGCUUCUCGGCCCAUCCAGGAGCCGCUGACGGUGGAGGUCCUCUCUGUGGGGAAGAUGACUCCGCCCCGCGUGCGCUACUCCUUCUACCUGCCCAAAGAGCCUCGGGAGGACAAGGACCCUCGGGGUCCCUCUGUGCUGCACAACAGUGUCCUCAGCCUUUCUAACCAAGUAGAACAGCCAGACAACAGGCUCCCUGCCCGCUGGGUGGCUGGCAGCUGGGGGCCUUGCUCUGUGAGCUGUGGCAGUGGCCUACAGAAGCGAGCAGUGGACUGCCGGGGUUCCCCAGGGCAGAUCGGGGCCUCUGCCUGUGAUGCCACCCAUCGGCCAGUGGAGAUAAGAGACUGUGGGGAGCCCUGCCCCACCUGGGAGAUUGGGACCUGGUCACCCUGCUCCAAGAGCUGUGGCCGGGGAUUUAAGAGGCGACCCCUCAAAUGUGUAGACCAUAGAGGUCGAGUGUUGGCCCGGAAUCAAUGUGAUCUGCGACGAAAGCCCCAGGAGCUGGACUUCUGCGUUUUGAGGCCCUGCUGAGGAGAACGGUCCCUUUCACCUCAUUCACCACCCCACUGUUGUGCUAGUACUCUGGCCAGCCUGAGCAGAGGACAGCAGCCAGUGGCCUGCAACGUGCUGCCACUCACAUCCAGGACAAGGAUCAUGGGUCUGGGAAAGGGGUUCCCUCCUCCCAGGACUAGGCAGAGGGAGGCUAAGUAAUGCACAGUCUACCUCACGCUCUGUUCCUCAGUGGGCCUAGUUGUGGGGAGAGGUUUGGAGGGGCAGGUGCUGGACAGAAGGUGCUGAGGCCCAGUUUCUGAGGGACCUGGAAGUUAGAACUUCAGGGACCUUGGCCCCCAUUGUGGGGUUCACAGGCUGCUGGAAGAGCCAUGACCCAGCAGCUUGGCACCCUCAGGUGGCCCCAGGAGCUUUGAGCCAUCUCUGAACAGGGUGGGUUUUCAUGGUGCUUUCAGUCUUUCCUUUUCUGACUGAUGUGGUCGGAACAGUAAAAUCUGUCUAGGGAUUGGUGGAAGCUAAAGGGAGAGUGUACUGAGCCAAGUUCUCCACUUGAGAAGAGGUGGACAUGUACAGAGAGUCCCAAGGUUGCUUGUCUUCCAUGUUGGCUCUUCUUAAGAGAGCCAGCCUCUUGUAACCCUGAUGGCCAAGGCAUCGCUGUGGAUAGCCACUAGGGUUUUCUCUGAUAACUUUGUAGGCAGCAAGAGAAAGCCCACAAGAAACCCUUCUUUGUUGAAGGGAGUCAGACAUUUCAAACAGAAGCUGAUGCUUAAAAGAGGUGAUGGUCUGGUGGGUGAAGCAGGAAAUGAGAGGAAUGAGAGGAGUAUGUAAGUGAAGUAGAUGCUGAGGACUGCAUUGUCCCAAAGGACCUCCAAAAUGACCACAGCCCUGCACCCACUAAGAAGGAUGUGGGUAUACCUGUGAGGCUGAGGUGCUGAACACCUAUGUGCCUGCAGUCAGUUUUCCUUCCUGGCAACUCUUGCUGUCUCCUGCGGGUACCCACAUUACAUCUCUAAGCCUUCACCUCUUCAGUUGGUAAAUGGGGCUCACCAUUUGCUACCUCAGAUUACUCUCUCUAGCACAGAAGUAACCUGGUGCUCUUUCCACACUCAGCUAUCAUCUUCGUAGGUGGAUCUGCCCAGCCACAGAGAUGAGCAUGUGGUGUAUGGCUUCUUGUUCCUUAAAGCCUACUCACCUGUCGGGAUUCUGAAUAUGAAGGUGGGGUCUUUCUCUUCAGGUUCCUUUAGAACAAUUUUUGGGAAGCACCAAGAAUCAAUAACCUGACCUAGGUGGCCUUGGCAGCCAUAAGUAGAAACUACUGGAGAUUCAUCUCUCUUAUAGACAUGCUAGGUGUUUCCUAUAGUUUCCACUAGAGAGGUGUUUUGGGGUUUGAGCCCUUUGGCCAGGCAGGGUAUUUCUUGAAGGUACAGAUAGAUAGCCCCAGUAUAGGUAGGAGAUAUUUUACUUCAAAGGGUAAGGGGUGAGUCCAGGGCAUCAGUGGACAACUUUAUAGAGAGAAGACCAUGUACCUGUCUUUCCUGAGAAAAGGAGGACAGUCCUUCUAUGUGGCUUCUCCUCAUAGUCAAAAUCUAUGCAAUGACCAGUGACCAGAUGAGCUUCGGUGAUAUUCCAACUCUGGUCUAACUCUGGGCAGGAGACACUGGACAGAGCUCCUAUGGGGGUAAAGGGUACACAGCUCUCUGAGGCUGGGCUGUAGUCACACCUGAAGGACAUCAUGAGGAGGCAGUGAGCUCUGUGAGGCUUUAGAGACAAAAGGACCCCAGGGCCUCAGGCAGAAGGGGAGACUUGCCAGCUGGCAGACAGUGUGGUGGCCUGUGCUUGAUGUAUUCUUUCCCUUUGAGGAGAAGAUGAUGUGGGACUGUGCAAAAUGGGCAUGGGAAAGGGUGGGGAGGUAGGAACCCUUCCUAAGAUGACUGGCCCUCAGCAGAGCAGUGUUUGCUGUCAGAUGUUAUACAAAUCACUUCAAGGAGGGAUGACUACCAUUAUUCCCGACACAUGCCAGGCAGGUCACCAUGCUCCUUUCUGUCACAGUGUUUUUUUUUUGUUUUUUGUUCUUUUAAAAUUUCUUCGUUUUAAAAGAAGUAUGACCAAGACAACUUGGGAAGUUUGUCUUGCCUUUGAACAUUUUCUCAGUCUACCUGUGUUUUCCAAGCUGAACAGGCAUAGGUUUCUAUUGAUAGAAUAAAGUCCAAGUGGUAUCUCAUGCCUGUGGAAGGUAAAAAUUCUGGAGUUUGAACCAAUAAAGCUUUGGGCUCAGGCUCCAUAGACUGCUUUGUCCAUCAUGUGCACUGAUUGGAGAAGUCAGACACAACCACCCUUGUGGGCUUUAUCAUGUGGGAGAGGGGUAGGAAUGAGCUGAGUGCCCCAGUCUGGAAGUGAGCUCCCAGAAACACCAGAUGAUGUCCUUCAUAGAGCCCCCUCCCCUUGGGCCUGGUUCUUUUGCACUUCAUGUAUGGUGGGAGGAUGGGAGGGCCUGGGGACUGCUGGGCAUGUAUACUGUGUAUACAUGGGGGCUGGCUGCUGAGGUGGUAGCGCCUACUCCUAAUAAAGCCUGAAGUAUUUAAAACUGUC